AGUCACCCGUCCGCUGCUUCCAGAGACAUCGCCUUGCCGGAGAGAGAGAGAGAGAACCCUAGCAACCGCCGUACAGCGCCGUCCACCGCCGAUCCGCCACCCAUGGCGCUGCGAACUCUGGCGGCGAGGGUGCGGACUUCGAGCGCCGCGGUCCGCCUCCAGACGCCGGCCGUCGGCCGCCCCAACCUCCACUCCGCCGCCCGCCGCCUCUCCCCUCCGGCCGGCGGCCCUCCCCGCCUCACCCCCAGCAGGAAUCUGGGAAGUUCUCCACGUGAAGAUGCUGCUCGGAAGAUGGUGCUUGAGACUGCUGCCACACUUGAACAUCUGGAGAAGACUUACGAAACGUUCAAGGCACGCGUUGGAUUACUAGAGAAGGCAGCCACGUUUCUGAAGUGGUCGUGGGCUUGCAUUAUCCCUGUGCCUUUGGUUUACGCCAUUGCGCAGCAUUAUUAGGAUAAAGAGGAACUGGCCCUUGUGAUUUGAACCGGGUUAUUUAAUAUCUGUGGUCUUUAUCAUCAGCUGUACUCAUCACACUACUCAACCGUGUCAUGGUUAUGCUAAGUGCAUCAUCAAAAAUGCCACUCUAAAACGUUACUGUACCAUAUUGACAGCCAGAUUUGCCUGAUAUGUAUGCCCUUGCACCCACCUGUUAUCAA